CCGCCUCUGACCCGCACUUGUGCGCAGUCGCGGGCCGGUCACGUGACUGUUUAAACCUCUGGGUGACAAGAUGGCGGACGCGGAGAAAGGCUCGAGAAGCGGCGAAGGCGACGGUGUAAAAGGAGAGGAGCCGCUCACCAAGAGAGCGCGUCUGGGGGGACAAGAGGUCGCCAGUGUGGCGGAGAGUCGGCCGGAGCAGCAGGAGGAGGAGGAGGAGGAGGGGGGAGAGAGCGGCUGGGAGAGCGCCUCCUGUGCCGAGGGCUCCCCGGAGGCGGGCGCGGUGGGGGCGGAGGGAAGGAGAAGGAGGAGGAGAGCGACGGCCGCGGCAGCAGCGAACGGUGGUCUCGGGCCGCAGCCGCCGCACAACAAAGAGCCGCACAGCGAGGGUCUGGCCGAGUCGGGGCCGGAGAGCAGGCCUUCAGCUGGGGAAGGAGACAGUUUACUUCUGAGUAAUACAGUAAGCAGUGCUACUGAUGAAGAAAUCGUUCCAAAUGGGAUUCACUCAUGGGAAAGUGAUGAGGAAGACAAAGCUUCUCAUGCAAGCUCCAGUGACUGGGCUCCAGGAUGUCCCAAGAUAGGUCCUUACAGUUUUGUUCAGCAGCAUCUUAUGCUGGGCACAGACCCACGGUCUAUCUUGAAGGAUCUGUUACGAGGGAACAGUGCUCCACCUGACCUUGAUGAUAUGACACUAUGGCAGAUUGUCCUUAACAUUUUGUCGGAGCCACCAAAACGGAAGAAACGGAAAGAUAUCAAUACAAUAGAAGAUGUUGUGAAAAUGUUGAGAGAGAGCAAGAAAAUCAUGGUCCUGACUGGAGCUGGGGUUUCUGUUUCAUGUGGAAUACCAGACUUCAGAUCAAGAGAUGGGAUUUAUGCACGGCUUGCAGUAGAUUUUCCAGACCUUCCAGACCCUCAUGCCAUGUUUGACAUUGAAUAUUUCAGAAAAGAUCCUAGGCCAUUUUUUAAGUUUGCAAAGGAAAUUUACCCUGGCCAGUUCCAGCCAUCUCUAUGCCACAGGUUCAUAGCUUUGCUGGAUAAACAACAGAGGCUGCUUCGGAAUUACACUCAAAACAUUGAUACCCUAGAACAAGUGACUGGUAUUCACAGGAUUGUUGAGUGUCAUGGCUCGUUUGCAAUGGCUUCUUGUCUGGCCUGCAAAUAUAAGGUUGAUUGUGAAGCAAUAAGAAAAGAUGUCUUCAAUCAGGUGGUUCCUCAGUGCCCUAGGUGUCCUCCUGAUGUUCCCCUUGCUAUUAUGAAACCAGAUAUCGUGUUUUUUGGAGAAAAUUUGCCAGAGCUGUUCCACAGGAGUAUGAAGUAUGAUAAAGAUGAGGUGGAUCUGCUGAUUGUGAUUGGAUCCUCAUUAAAAGUUCGGCCAGUGGCGCUUAUACCAAGUUCCAUACCCCAUGAUGUGCCUCAGGUGCUGAUCAAUAGGGAGCCGUUAAGUCACCUUAACUUUGAUGUGGAACUCCUUGGAGAUUGUGACGUUAUUAUUAAUGAGUUAUGUCAUCGAUUGAGUGGAGAGUUUGAAGAACUUUGUUGCAACCCAAUCAAACUUACAGAAAUUACAGUAAAACCUGUACGAUGCCAAAAAGAACUGAAAUGUCAGUCAUUUGGAAUGUGUCCCACACCAACUAUUUUAACCGAGGAUUCCAGUUCAUAUGAGAAAGAAAUCCAGUCUUCAAAAUCUGCAAUCUCAACAGCUAAAAGUUAUGAACACAUGACAGAAUCUGCUGAAAGCUGUACGAAGGAAAAUAAAGAGGAAUCUGGGGUAGAAACACUUUCUAGCGAGAAAGAAAUGGAAAGCACUGUUUCUUUUCCAGAGAGCUCUGGAAAUUGUAACAAUGAGUUGCAGAUCACCAAACCUACUGAAGAAAGUUCCUCAAACCUUGCCCCAGUAGAUACCAAACCUGUUAAUAAGGAAAUCCUAAAUAAAGGUUGCAUCAGCAAAAAUGCAAAAGAGCAAAUCAGCAAACGAUUGGGUGAUUCGCAGUACUUGUUCUUGGCACCAAACCGCUACAUUUUUCAUGGUGCUGAAGUCUACUCUGACUCCGAGGGAGAUGAGGGAUCGUCAUCUGGUAACAGUGUUAGUAAUAGUGAUAAUGAGUCCAGCAGCAGCAAGAGUGUCUGUGAUGUGGUGGAAGAGGAGAGUGAUAUUGAAGAAUUUUAUAAUCGAAUAGAGGACGAAAUUGAAACUCCUUAUUCAGCAGAUGGAGUAUACUUUGGGGAUGAAAGUGAACAUUUUGAAAAUGCAGACGAGCUGAAUGAGUCGGUUGAAAACCACGUGCAAAGUGAAUUGGAAGAUGCAAAUAUAUUGGAGUAAAAGGGCACAAAUGCAUGAGAUUACAGUAUUUAUGUUAAGAUGUUCACCAGCAUUAGCCUGCUUUAGGACACUUUACAGCCAGAAAGCUCUCCUGGAUGGAACAGUGGCUUGAGAUCAUGUAGAAUGUCAGUCUGAAACUUCUCCCAUUGUAUAUUGGAUAAAGUUCGGUACUAGGGGUUGUAAUCCUGAUCCCGCAUGCUCAUGGUGCUCCUAGGAUUUUCCUUUAUAAAUUCCGGGAAGCUGCCCGAGCCCAGAUGGAAGGAAAGGGCCGGUCUCCCUGCUCCCCGGAAACGAGUUGUACACUGCUGCCAUGCUGGACCCCUGCCCCCACAAGGAUAAGCUCAUGAGCAGAUGGGCAAGUCUUAAAUCCUCCCUGAUGUCCUUGGAGAACUGCAGGUGUCCUGGAUGAGGCAAGAUUUAGCAUCCUGGGAUUUGAGGCAUUAAAAUCCUGAAAUCCCAGGAUUCAGAAAGAGCACCGGGAUUGCAACCCCUAUUUGGUACAUAUGCACUGAAAACACUAUGCCAUCUACAUUAACUUUUUUUUCUUGUGCUAAAUAUAUUUUCUGCUUAUUUCAAUAAUUUAAAAAAAAGUUAAUCUGCAUUGCCUGUAUUGGACCCUCUUGGGGAUGAGCAGAAGAAUUUCUUUUGCCAAAAUAUCUGUUCAUUCAUUUUACUUUUUUUCACUUAACGUUUGAGUUGUACAGCUAUUUAAGUGUUUCAGUUAUUCAAAAGCUAAAGAAUGUGUUGUAUAUAAUUUUUUGUAUAUGCUUUUGGAAAAGCCAUUUAAUUGCAGAAAGGGAUAAAGGGAACAGGUAAAAAGACCAAAGAACAUUGGGAUGUCUCAAUGGUUACAGCAACUAUAGAAGUACGGAAGGUUCUGUUGUGGAUUCUUUAGGAGCUGGGAGUGAUUUGGUGAGCAUAUUACACAUUUUCCUCACGAUUUAUAUAUUCUCACAAACACUGGCUAUAAUGUUUUCUAUGAGACAUUUCUGGCAGCUAAUUUAAACAUUCAGAUUAUUAUUUUUUUCAUUCAGCUUGGGCUAGCUAUUAAAAAUCAACUCAUUGGGGUAGAUUAAGGACAUUUUUACAACAUGUAGCAUUUGUAGUUACUUGCUGCCUUAUAGAAACUUGUAGAUUUUGCUACUAGUGCCAGUUCUGCUCAGACCUGAUUCUGCGUUUGGUACAAAGCAGAUUCAUUUUUUUCUCUAACCUUUUCUUCCUGUGGAAAUGAGCUGUAAAGUGUGUAAUAAAGAGACAUUUGGUCAACAUGGUAGAAUUAAAGCUAGAGCACACCGAAUAAAUAAUUUUGAGCUGUGAGUGUUCUUGCUAAUGUGCCUAUGUUAUAAUUUCCUGUUGUAUUGAAAUGGAAAACAAAACUUUUUUUUAACAAAAUCUAUCUACUGCUAUAUUGUAACUUACAACGAAUAAGCAAAUGUUUUACAAAAUCUUAACUUAAUAUGCCAAAUGUAAAUUAUGCAAUUUUUCAUUACAUAAGAGCCCUUUAUAAAAUACUACUCUUGCAUUAGUAAGAAUAGCAGUUUAUUCCACAGUGCAUAUGUUUUCCUAAGAUCUUACAAAAAAUCUGCUUGGACAUUAAGAGUACUUUACAUUUGAUAUAAGAAUUUGUAAGAAUAAAAGUGACUCACUGGUGUACGUUAGAGGUUUGCAAAGGAUUUUGCUGUUUUGUAAUCUUUUUACAAUUGAAUGAAAGACCUAAGGCUUUCAGUUUAUUAUUGUGGUAAAUGUCUUACACAACAUCUCAAAUUAAAGAUUGUGACCAUUCACAAAUGGAUGUUUGGAAUUUGAAUAGGAUUGUUGUGUUCCCUCACUCCCACAUAAUGACACACUUCAAUUAUCAUCAUUUUUCUCAAAACAUUUUUAACUAAAAUGCUUUUUUCUGGCCAUAUUGUAAAACCAUUUUUACUACUUGCAUCCACUAUCUUUUGGAAUGUGCAAGAUAUUCCCUCUUAAUUAUGGGGCAGGUGAGAGUAGUUUGGGAUAAUGUAAUUGUAUAAAAAUUAUUUACCAAGAUACUGUGCCUGAUAUUAACAUGUAAUAUGAGAACAUUUCUGCAUGUAGCAGUAAUUUGAAACCAGCACAAAUAUCUUGACAAUUUUACUUUUUGUAAAGAUUGAGUGGGGGAGUGAAAAUGGACUGCGUAAUAACAAAGACCUAGACUGUCGAAGAAAAAUCCACUUUACACCAAAGUAGUUAUAUUUGUGUGUAUACUGUGUUUAUGCAUAUGUGCACUACCCUUGUGCACUAUGCUCAAAGUUACAUUACAUAAUAUAUCCAGAUCAAGAAUUGCGUGUGUCCAAAUUAGCUUUUUGAGGCAUUUAGUGUGUGUGUGUAUUUAAAAAAAACAAAAAAAAUCCUCAAAUUUUGAAUGUUGCCUUUAAUUGCAAUUCAUAGUUAGGUGUUUGGAAACAAAUGUUGUCUGAUGUUCGUUCACCUUUCCAAAAUGUUAGCUAUCUUUGAUGUUUUGUGUUGGCAUGAUCUAAUUUGUGGUGAACAAAACUUAUGAUGUAUUGAACAUAGGCUACAUUUUUUGAAAAACUGUUCUUUUCCAGUAUAGUGUUAAAAUUCUUUGUACAUACAGAAUCAUCUUUCAUGUAUUUCAUCUACUUUUCUAGAAAACAGUUUAUUAAAAAGCAGUGUUUUUUCUGUAAACUGUUUUGAGAUACAGCAACAUUUUUUUUUAAUACUUGCAGCCUAUACUAAACUGUUUUUAAUGUCAUUUAGUCUGUUUUUUUAAAAAAGAUGUAUACAUUUGACACUUGUCUAUUAAUUGAAUUUCAAACUUAUUUUUUAGAAAGUACUUUUUUUAAAAAAAUAAGAAGUACACUGUUAGAAUAUCGACUGUGAUUCAUAGGAAUGUUUUUGUUUUAAAUUCAAACUUGGUUAUUUUUAAAGCUUGUUUCUUAUAUUUCCAUGUACCACAAUCUUUGUUACCUGUACUCUUUAAGUAAAAUGUAUUUGAAUAGAUAAUAUAUUGCAAUAAAUUGCCAUGGCAAAUUA